AUGUCAUCACACCAGGCGCUCCAGGGGCACCUGUGGUGGUGCAUAUUUACUGGAGCAACCACACCACGGCAGAAGAGGAGGAAGGUUGCUCUGGUUACCCAGCAAUUGCCCAUAUGUCUGCCAGCCACACCAUUGCAAACCCCACGAUUCGAGCUCCCGCCCUCUGUCCAUCGCCACUUGCCCCAAGCAAUUGCAGACAUGGUUGGCGAGAGCUCCGGCGAUGAAGACAGGCAGCAGCAGCAGCCGCAGCGAGGGCUUUCACCUGCGGACAGGGGUCUGCAGCGCCCACUGAACCUUCCCGCGCCCAUCCCUUUCCGUUUUCCCAGCACACCGGGUGGAUCCCUGGUGUAUGAACCCCCGCCACCACCACCAGCUCAACGACCCCGCCCGCAAACACAUGCCAGCACCAAGGUUUUGCUUCACCGAAUCAUCCAUAAUCAAGUUCAAAGGGAGCAAAGGGAGCGCCUGACAACAUUCGUCGGCAAUGUUCACAUCCUUGCGCGCCACACCAGCUUUUUUCUCAAGUACUACCUUGCUGAUCAUCCUCUACACGAUUUCCCGGACAUCACCGACAAGCACAUCAGUGUGAUAUUUGAGCUGCUAAACAAUCCAGGCUACAACGGCAAUCCGGUCAUCGUGCAAGUGUUGCAUCCAUGGGUUCAAGACUACUGUGAUGUUCACGGAUUCGCCCCCAUCCGCAUGCAGUAUUGCCAUCAGACCGCAGCGUACACGGCUACGAGCAUCUUCACAAACCUCAAAGUUAACGUACAAGAGCAUUUCAUGCAAAUUUUUCUGCGCUACGUCAAUGAAAGGCUUGGUUUGAAGCAAGUCGUACUGCAUCUCCGUAGAGCUGGAGUCAACCGAGCGCAGCGGCGACACUAUUAUCAGCGUGUCCGUCAGUUUAAAAAGUAUGCGACGUUUGAAGAGUUUCCAACCGAAGAAGAGUUUGCGCGCCUCACACGACUUGAGCGGACCGUCCUCGACGAGUUAUGGGCUCUGUUUCCUCCCCAGGAUUGUUAUGAUCUCGACGACGUGGGCGGAAGCGAAGUAGAGAAGACAGGGCAGGUGUGA